GAGGUGAUGGCGCCCCAAACCCCGCUCCUGCUGCUACUGGGGACCGUGUCCCUGAUGGAGACCUGGGCAGGCUCCCACUCCUUGAGGUAUUUCGACACCUCCGUGUCCCGGCCGGGCCGCGGGGAGCCCCGCCUCGUCUCCGUGGGCUACGUGGACGACACACAGUUCCAGCACUUUGACAGCGACUCUGAGUCCCAGAGGAUGAAGCCAUGGUCGCCCUGGGUGGAGCAGGAGGAGCAGAAGCAUUGGGACACAUGGAAUUCCAAGGACUCCGCAAAGAGUUUCCAAGCGUGCUUGACCAACCUGCUGAGCCACCACAACCAGAGCGAGGGCGGCUCUCACACCAUCCAGAGAACCUACGGCUGCGAAGUGGGGCAAGAUGGGUGCCUGCUCCGCAGGUUCUACUGGUUGGCAUAUGAUGGGGAGGAUUACUUCGCCCUGAAUGAGGACCUGAGCUCCUGGACUGUGGCAGAUUCGGUGGCUCAGAUCAUGCAGCGAUACUGGAAGGCGCCUGGUGUCAUGAAGCUCCACAGGGUCCACCUGGAAAACACCUGUGUGGAGAAGCUCCUCAGAUAUCUGGAGAGCAGGAAAGAGACCCUGCAGCGCUUAGAUCCCCCAAAGACACAUGUGACUCACCACCCUAGCCCUGAAAGGGAUGUCAUUCUGAAGUGCUGGGCCCUGGGCUUCUACCCUAAGGAGAUCACCCUGAACUGGCAACGAGAUGGGGAGGACCAGACCCAGGACAUGGAACUUGUGGAGACCAGACCUUCAGGGGAUGGAAACUUCCAGAAAUGGGUAACUGUGGAGGUGCCUACUGGAGAGGAGCAGAGAUACACAUGCCAUGUGCAUCAUGAAGGGCUGCCUGAGCCCCUCACUCUGAGAUGGGAGCCACCUGUUCAGUCCACCAUCCCCAUCAUGGGAACUGUUGCCGGUCUGGUUGUCCUUGGAACUAUUGUCAUUGGAGCUGUGGUAUCUUUUGUUUUUUGGAAGAAGAAAAACACAGGCCCUGCAUCUCCUCAGCCUGCCUCACUGCCCGUGGGUUUUUCUGCCGCAGCUUGGCCAUGGCCUCACUGGGGAUGAUCUCACUGUGGUGCAGUAGGGUGACAAAACAGAGGGCCUGGAAUUGACUCUGCCC